AAAUCUUGCCGACGGCCCGACAAAGAAUACCGCACCUUCAAAACGGUAUAUCCCACUACCCCACAGCUUUAAGGCCUGGACUUCCUUGCCAAACCAUCAGAUAUCCGCCCGUGCCACCAUCCUCGGUCCCUCCCGGCAACGAUUACGGCAUAAGCUAUCCGCUUCUUUCCUCUACCUCGCUAUGGUCCGCACACGAUCACGAUUGGCUGGCCUUGCAGAGGGGCGCGUAUCGUCCACGCCGGGACCCCAAGGUACUCCCCUAAACCCGCUAGAAAACGGAAACGAACCCGGGCGUCCCUCAAAGCCCACAGGUCGCCACGGGGCAAAGCGAGGGCGAGCAGCAUCCCGAUUCAAGACGACUCCGCCUCAGCAGCGUUGCGCGAUACCCAAUGACGGCGGUACGAAGCGACCGGCCGACGGCCUCGACCCUGCUGUAGAAGCUGUUCGGAAGCGUCAGCCACGUCUUGUAGAUUGUACGGAAAGGACCCCAAGGAGUCUUAACUCGAUUAAACUUUGGGCAGGCGAAGGACAGUGGCCGCAAGAAUACAUCGACAUGCAGCAUAUACUUGCGCGAAAGAGGUCCAUGCCCCCUCGGAGGUCAUCAGGUUCUGCGGCUUCAACGACCUUGACGACGUCGGCGAUCCCGAGCGAUCAGAAGCCCGGAGAGGACAAGAGUGGCGCAUAUAAGGAUUCACGAUACGCACUGCUGCUCCAAACCAAAGGUUCAUAUAUGAGAAAAUCAGAACUCGGUAUCACAGACGAGAGCAAGCGUUUUUGCCAAGCUCUCCUCGACGGUGAACAGCCAGUUCCCACGGAGUCGCUCUUCGAUCAGGAUAUAUUCGAGAAUGUUUGGGAGGAUCUACAGAACAGCAACAAGGCCAAGAUUGUCCAGGAUAUUUCUCGACUUAUCGUUCCUUCAGCCGAGACACUUACUCUCCGUAUCAAGGCCCUGAAAUGCCUGACCGAAAGCGUCGACGAGGGAUGGAACAACUCGGUCCCGUUGACUGGCACGCGGCCUCAGCCGGACUACUCUGCGGGGUUCAAACGCGAGGCAUUUGGCGAUAACCAGCUCGCCAAGCUAUCACCAUUCCUCGGCGACUUCCUCGCCGGGGACCGGUCGUUGUUCAUGGCCACGCACUAUAUGUACUUCCCGUUCUUGUCGUGCGAGGUGCAAUGUGGCGGUACCGCACUCGACGUCGCGGACAGGGAGAACGCGCAUAGCAUGACACUUGCGGUACGAGCCGUGGUUGAGCUUUUUCGGCUAGUGAAACGCGAGGCCGAGGUUCAUCGCCAGAUCCUCGCCUCUUCUAUCUCUCACAACCACAGAGCUGUACGUAUCUACGGUCAUUAUGCAGUAAUCGACGGAAACGAUGUUCAAUACUACCGCCACCCGAUCCACGACUUCUCGCUCACGGCUCUUGACGGGGAGGAGAAGUGGAGGGCAUACCGCUUUACCAGGAACGUUUACGAGACAUGGGUGCCCGCACAUCUCAAGAAUAUCUGCUCAGCUAUCGACCAGCUGCCAUCCGAGCUGUAUUUGACGUCGGACAGUGACUUUUAGAAUAUCGUUGCGCGAUAGGAAGGGUAUAGCUCUACGAUCCAUCUUCCUUGGUGUGGAAAUUUGUAGACUUGCUUCCUUUUUCUCUUUUUCUUUUCUUCUCUCCCUCUUCAUUCUCUUGUUCGGUUUUCCUUUCCCCCUCCCUUUUUGUUUCUAUAAUAAUGUUUUUCUUCUUCAUCCUGUAAUGGUUUCCCCGUUGAUCAUCAAUAACAUCACCACGGAAAGUGCCGAGCAGCCCGGAGAAUAGGGUUAGGGUGCUGUGCAUAACUGCAGAUCCAUACUGCACCCAUCUCGCAGAGCUACAG